AUGUCGCAUGCGCUGUUCGUAACGAAUCUAAAAUGGCGGCAAGUCGAUGUUGGGUUGUGGUGCAACGACAAAUCUCCUAGUUUUGUCCGCGUUUGCGAGAUCCUGUACAAGCCAGAGCAACGGAAAGCAAGCCCAGCAGAUCCUCCAAGGAAGAAGCACAUCGACAGAUUGUGAAGAAGAAACUUAGAUAGUGCAGUUGGUCGCCAUCAUGGCGGACUCCCCGUGGCUUGUGUCGGUGGGCGGGGACGCCAAGGUGUGGGAAGUCCCCAGCAUGGCCAUGGUGUCAGAGUUCAACCCACAUCAACAGGACAUAUCAUCUGCCUGCUGGAGUCAUAACAACCAGUUCAUGGCCACAGCCUCUACUGCAGGAGACAAGGUGGUACUGACUUCUGUCAAGAGGGGAGCGGCACACAAUAUUGCUGAGUACGCUGUCGGGGAGAGUCAGACAUGUGUUGCCUUCCACUCUACCUCUCGGUACCUACUGACAGGAGGAAAGGAUGGAACCAUCCAUAUCUUUGACAUCAAAACAAAGAAAGUCAAGAAGCAAUACAAGGGUCACAGUGAUGCCAUAACCUGUGUCACGUUCAACUGGAACGACACGUACAUUGCCUCCGGCUCCGUCAACGGUAACAUCGUUCUGCACAACGUCACAACCAAUCAGGCCAGCAGUCCACUCAGCCUGCCUAAAAUGGAGGCCAUACGAGACAUCCAGUACUCGUACUUCAAGCGUUCGCUGCUGGGUUCGGUGUCGGACAGUGGGACGGUGGUGCUGUGGGACACCAACACGAGAAGACCGCUCCACUCCUUCAAGGACGCGCACCACGCCCCGGCCACGGCGCUGACCUUCUCUCCCGUGAACGACAUGCUGAUGGCCACCGUGGGGCUGGACAAGAAGAUCUGCUGCUAUGAUGUACAGGGGAAAAGUAUCGUGAGAACGAUGACGGCCGAGUCACCGCUAACGGCGGUGGACCUGAUGUACGACGGCGCCACGCUGGUGGUGGGGUCCACGCGAGGGAAGGUUUACCUGUACGACCUGCGAGCCGGCACCACGCCACAGAAGGUCACGCAAGCACACAAGACCUCCGUCAAAUGUCUCAAGUUCAAGUUCCAGAUGGCACAGAAGGCUGAAACAGGGAGAAGUGCUUCCCAGUCGUCCACUAAGAAAUCUGUGCAGAAGUCGACCUCUCACCCCAACAUCAGGUCUGGCAGUGCUCGAGCCAGGGCAGAGGCACGCCCUCCUAAAGGCAUCCCCCAGAGUGCCAGCACGGGCAGCAUUUCUGAUCAGGACAAGCAGGCAGUGCGUGUUCCCUCCAAGGACAACUUACAGAGUGAAGAAAUCUUCUCCCCCAUCAGAGAUGCAUCGUCCGGGACUGGAGAUGCUUCUAACCAGCCACGCCCUCAGUUGGAGGGAAAAGCUGACAUAAAGGCAGAUCCUGGCAAUAAUGGAAUAGGAGUAUUCUCCCCUCUGGGAGACAACAUGACCACACCAGUAGCUGCAGUAAGAAGACAUCCCAUUGGCUCAGUGGACACCCCCGAGGGAGCCUCCUUCCUUUCCCGACCAAUGGCAGGUGGCGAGAGCAGCGAGUCUGAGCCAGAUGCCAGGUUUUCAGCACCAAAGCCAUCAUUUGUGUCACAAAUCCCAACUCUGCCAUCCAACCUGACAACAUCUACUAGCAGCGACAGUGAGCCUGCCCUGGGAAUGAGACCAGCAGCGUCGGGCGCUCUCAGUUCCAGGAGACCCACCAGCCCGGGAGAGGCCAAAAUUGCAGAGAGGGGCCAUGUCAGUAGAAGAGGAAACAUGGAAGUCUUGAAAACAGGGCACAGAGCAGGAGUUCCCAUCACCAACCCGGCCAUGCAGUCAGCUCACCAGUCUGUGGCCCAGCCUGUCCCCCAGCCAUCCAUCCCCCCCAGCCUGGCCAACUCUCCGUCCGACCCCGACCUGAAGGGAGCGGCCGCCCCACCCCUCCCCCCGCCCAGCGCCCCAGCCCCAGGGCUGGGCAUCACCACCCUGCCGGGAUCUCCUGCCAGGAGGGUGGGGUCUCCUGCACCAGGGUCACCAGAUGUGCGAGCCAAAGUGGGACUGCUGGGUGGAGCCUCCUCCAGUAUGAACUCUGUACAGAGUCCUGAGUCUGAGGAUGAAGUAGGAGACAGAGUCAAGAGAAGGGUGGACGCCUCGGCCGCUCACUACGGGCUGCAGCCUUUCCAGAUCGAGUUCAUCAAGAACCUGGUGGAAGAUGCCAUGGAUGAGUGCAGACUUGCUAUGCACACAGACAUUGUCAACCUGCAAGUUGAGAUGCUGAGGCAAUUCCAGAUACAAAAGAGCGAGGUGAACACCCUGUUGCAGAGGUACUCGGUGAACGAGUCCCUCGUUUCCGAGAUCGAGAGAUUACGAGAAGAAAACCGCAGACUGAAGACAUACCAUUAGAAUCACCCCCCUCCCCCCCAAGUCGUGUGCAGUAUAUAUAUAAGAGGCUUGUCUCCGUUUGUGUGUCGCUUGCCAUCCAUGUAGAGACUAUGCUAUUUUUGUCUAUACAUAUUUGUCAAAACAGUAGAUAGGAUGGUUAAUUAUAAACCAAGAAAGGUGAAAGAGGUCGGAAACUUUAUGAAGGGUUAUGAGAGAAUCUAAGAGAUCUGUGUAUGAUCUGAAACAACGGAAAUUGAAAUUUUUGUGUUACACUAAGGGAAAAGUGUUGUGGCAUCGAGUGGCUAGGAGAG